GAAAAGAACAAUGCAUGCUUCCCGACGAAGCUUUGGAAUAUGAAAAAUUCAGUCCGACUGAGUCCCUGCAAAAAGAAACAAGCGAUGCAACAAGAUCCGCGCAACCUCCGGGGUCACGAUCGCCCGUGCUGUCGAACGAAGUGUCGGACGGGGAAGAGCUUGCUACGAGUCCCUCCCCCACGAAUGAAGAGGGUAUGGGCAAAGAAGGAAGUGGAGCCGUCAGCCCGACCACCCUCUCCGACAGGGAGGGCAUGAAAAUGAAAGGAGACUCUGGAAACCAAGUAAUGACUUUCAAUGUGAGCGACGAUUGCGGUACGUCGGACGCAGCGUCAUCCGCCUGCUCUGAAAGAGAUGUAUUAGGCAACGCACAACUAUUAGGAAGAGCAAAAACGCCACGAGUUCGUGCAGCAGCGAGGCCCACACAACUACUCAGAAGGGAAGGCCGUCGAGAAUUUGGGGUCUCUAACGUACAGGUGGUCCCAACAGGCGGAGAUGAUGAGCAACAAGAAGCAGGUGAUGGCUACUUCGUGAUGUCUUCUGGCAGCUCAAACGAAGGUUGCAAAUGCGGAAUGUUCGAUGUCGUAAAGAAUGCUAUGCGCCGUUUAGCAAUCGGACGCGGUAGAAGCCGUGCCUCACGACGUAUACGAUCUCAGCAAGUCGUGCCGGCGCAUGAGAGAAAAUCAUAGACAUGUUCAUUCGAACACUCGAUGGAAAAUAUUGGGUAUAUGCAAGAGGUGUUCCAUCUGUAAGAUUUAAAAGAUUUUUCCAUCAGAAAAUAAAUGAAAUGCAGCUGACUCACUUUUGAUUGACGCCACUAUCAUUUAACUAAAUGUAGCCGACCAUGAUGGAGAUUGGGCAAGGAAAUUUGAGCAAAAAAUAGGUAUAUAAGAAAAAGACUACCCUGUUUCAUGAUCCUAGUGCCGGCAUUUGAUGCAAUUGACACAAUUGUGCUACAUGCAUGGACCGGAAAAACUGGGCCCCCUGUAUUAUAAGUGCCGCGAUGUUUUUCUUCCUUUAAGCGGACCGGGGCCGCAAAAAUCCUGCGCCCUUAUUUUCCGGCGGGGUCCCUUGUUUUUCUGGUUUGGCCCCUGGAAAUACUUUGGCCAACGUGGUCCCGGGAAAAAACUGGGGCCGCGGUAUCAAAAGGGGCCCGGAAAAUAGGGGGCCUGACCCUGGCCCUCCUUGUAGGCUGCUCCCCCCACUCCGCAGCCAGAGCAGCGCCCCGGUGGCCUGUGUUAGGCGCGCUCGGACCCGGUGGGGAGCCGCGCGCGCUUGGCCGCGCAGUAUCCUGGUAGGAGUGCCACCAGGCUGCGGCCGGUCCCUCAGGCUGUGCGCAUCCUGCUGCGCCUUUCGUUUCUCUAUUUUCUCCCGCUCUGGCCGCAGUCGCUCGCACCCGCCAGAGGCAGGCGCGCGCGCAACUGCCAGGCAGCAGAAGCUUCGCGGCGCGCUUCCUUCUUUUGCGGUUCCCCCGCCUCCCCCGUCGGUGUUGCGUUUCUUUUUCGCUCCGCGGGCCGCUUUCGCUUUGAAGUGCGUCAGCCUUUUGCGGCGGGCUUCGAAAGCCCUCGGGCGUCGCGUCGUUGAAGCUUGUUCCUCGGGGAUGCUGUGCGGCGGCUUUGUGUGUCGCGUGUGUGGCACCCCGGAGCUGUGCGCGCUGUCGCCAGCGUUGUGCGCCCCCGUCGGUUCUCGUCUGGUCCCGUUUGGAGGUACUGGGAUUGGCUUCGGGUGUGUCGCGUGGGAUUGUCGUUGCUAAGUCACCGAGGGCACCCGCGGGUCGCUUGGCGUGGUUCUUUGCGCUUCUCUCUUUCUCUCGUUGGUUGUUGGCUGUUCGUUGGUGCUUGCGCUUCUGCGGCUGUCCUCGGGGCUUUCCCGUUCUCUCCGGGGCGGCCUCAGGUUCUACCUUUUCUUGCGAUUCUUCGGCUUUUUUGGGUCUUAUUUUUGUAGGCUUAUACCUUUUGGCCUCCCCUGUUUAUCCCUUUUUUGUCGGGUUCCUUAUAGUCCUACGCCUUCUGGCACCGGUACCCUCCCAGUUCUGGCCCAUACAUAUGCUACAUCAACACUAUGAUACUACAGAACAAGUGAUCGCAUCAAGAUAAGAACCACAGAAUCGACAAUGGAUUAUAUCAUGCUAGUGCAUUUUUCAUAGAGAGAAUCUUGGCAAAAAGAAAGGCAAGAUAAGACGUCGAUGCCAAUGAGAAGAAUCAAAAAUAGAAGAUUAUCGCUGAAGGAUCCUCGUAAAAAGUCCUAGAUGAAGGGAUGAACGAUCUGAAAACAACCACUUUCUUUGCAACCAUCGUACCUGCGAAAGCACAGAGGUUAUAAAUUUAUG